UCUGCUCUGUUUCAUUUUUCUCUCUUCUCGCUUUUAGAUAAUCAUUACAGAAACUGCAACAUAGAUUUGUUUCAAAUGGAGUGGGUUCGAGGAGAAACCAUCGGACACGGAACUUUUUCUACAGUUAGUCUAGCGACGCCGACUAACAACGCUUACGGCGCAUUUCCUCAAGUUAUGGCCGUGAAAUCUGCAGACUCACACGGUGCUGCUUCGCUCGCGAACGAGAAAUGGGUUCUUGAUAUACUCGGAAACGACUGCGACGGGCUCGUACGGUGUCUCGGCGAGGAUCGGACGGUGGAAAACGGCGAAGAGAUGCAUAACUUGUUUCUGGAGUACGCUUCGAGAGGAAGCUUAGCGAGCCAUCUCAAGAAAUUAAACGGUGAAGGUCUACCGGAAUCCACAGUGCGCCGCCACACAGGAUCGGUGCUCCGUGGUCUACGACACAUCCACGCCAAAGGAUUCGCUCACUGCGAUCUAAAACUCGGGAAUAUUCUGUUGUUCGGCGACGGCGCCGUUAAGAUCGCGGAUUUCGGAUUGGCGAAGAGGGCGGGGGAAGUAACGGCGUUAAUGGACGGAGGAGUGCAGAUUAGAGGUACGCCGUUGUAUAUGGCGCCGGAAUCCGUUAACGAUAACGAGUACGGAUCAGAAGCUGACGUGUGGGCUUUAGGAUGCGCAGUUGUCGAGAUGUUUAGUGGCAAAACGGCGUGGAGUUUUAAAGAAGGAUCGCACUUCAUGUCGUUGUUGAUACGCAUCGGUGUCGGAGACGAGCUUCCGAGGAUUCCCGAGGACUUGUCGGAACAAGGAAGAGAUUUUUUGUCAAAGUGUUUCGUUAAGGAUCCCAAGAAGAGAUGGACGGCUGAGAUGCUUCUAAACCAUCCAUUCGUAGCCGUCGAUCUUGAUCAGGACGAUUUAGAAGGAGUUGAUAUUCAACUGAAAACAGAGGAAGUGUUUGCAUCGCCGAGAUGCCCAUUCGAAUUCUCCAGUUGGGUUUCUGCCUCCUGCGAUUCGGGAACGCAGUAUCAUACGUUGGAGGCGCCGGAGGAGAGAGUUGCAACUCUAGCGGCUGGUUCGAUCCCUGAUUGGUCUGUCACCAAUAACUGGGUCAUCGUACGGUGACGGUAGUGAC